CAGUUGCAACGAUUAAAUCCGACGACUAGCACCAUAUCGUUGCCAAGCUCGACCAUUCUCUAUCUUGUUGCUCAACCUGCUUCCUUUUUCCGCCCUCUACAUUUUCGCGCGGUGCUUUGACGCCUGUCACCACGCGUCAGCACAUCGCACUUCCACUAGCGUCUCCGGAUAGCACAAUAAUAAGCCAGCGUCACGCGAGCCAAGCAAGUUGCUAUAAAAAGCUCAAAGCAAAAAAUUAGCCAAUCCCGCGGUGAAGCCACCCCCAGCCCCAUUGUUGCGGAGGAAUCCGCCGCUUCCCACCUCCCUACACAUAAUUAAUUAUACACUAUCUCAAUAUAUUGAAUAAGCUAAAAUACACAUACUGAGUAAACCACCCACAAAAACGGGUCAAACAAGGGGGGGAAGGUGCCGCGGCCACCAGGGAAGAAGAAACCUCCGGCCCACAACCAAGCGGAGCCCGAGAGUCUGUUGCUCCCCCUGCAUCACCUAGGUGAGAGAGAGAGGGGGCUUCCUUAUUCGACAACCAUGUCGCUGUUCUCCGCUAUGGCCGACGACGGUAGCGUGUGGGCGCAGGGCUCGUCGCUCUUCAACAUCUCGAGCCCGCUCAACGACCUGCUGGAGAAGGACGACUUCACGCUGGAGCAGGUGCUACAGGAGGACGAGCUGGUGCAGGAGGUCAAGACGCGCAACACGAAGCUGCUGGACUUUCUCUCGCAGGAAGCCAUCGUGCAGAAGCUCAUCGAGUACGUCGUACGCACCCCCGAGGACACAUCCGACGACCUGCGCACACUCAAGUACCCAUACAUGUCGUGCGAGGUCAUCUGCUGCGAUAUCACGAGUAUCACCGAGACGUUAGUUACCGCUUCGGAGGGAAAAAUCGUCGAGACUUUGUUUGAAUUCCUUUAUCAAACGCAGCCGUUGGAUCCUCGUCUAGCCGGUUACUUUGAGAAGAUCGUAACCAUGCUCAUGGUACGUAAACCGCAGGAGAUGACGGCGUUACUUAACAAGAACUCGGAGCAGCUAUUGGCUGGCUUCUCGCGUCACGCCGCCAGCUUCUCCGUCGCUGAGCUGCUUAAGCGUUUGCUACAGCCUUACCAAGCUGACUAUAUGGACGACUGUAUGGACUUCCCUGGUAUGUCGAUGGGCUUCCCGCCGUCCAAUUCAUGGUACGGAGCAGAUGAUGAUGAUCAUUUGAGUGGCAGUGGCACGCCCACAGCGUCCAAGGAGAAGACGCUGACGUGGCAGUCAGAACCUACCGUUGUGGAUUUGUUAUUGGAGACUCUUGCAGACCCGAAAGCCGAUAGUGACGCUCACAAACACGCGUCCGAAGUGCUGGUGGACAUUAUCCACUGCGGCACGCGUGCACAGCAGACGGAUCCAGCUUCACCGGCCAGUUCCAGCACGCCGGUGUCGUUUGCACUACUGGAGCACUUGGAGACGAAGGAAGUGGCGGAGAAAUUGGUGGCGCUAGCAGUUCCGAGCGAGGAAGAUACCUCGUGUGUGUCUUCUAUGACAGGAGCGAUCUCAGUGCUGAGCGCACUGCUGUCCCGAGCGACGAACGCUCAGUACUGCGCGACGGAUGAGAUGCCGCCGGCUGUGGCGUCCGCAGUGGAGCGUCUGCCUCAGAUUUGUGCCAUCUUGAAGGCCGACGCAGCAGACGCCGGGAUGAUCCGUAACCAGCGUCACCAGGAGGUCCCGAGACUGGGUUUGCGUCGACUUAAGAUGGUCGGACUGGUGGUGUUGCUCAUGCAGUCCAAGUACCAGAAGGUGGACAUUGCGCUGCUCGAACAGCACGCGAUCGAGACGUGUCUGGACUUGUUCUUUAAGUUCGAGUCGGUCAACAUGCUGCAUGCGGACGUGGAGAGUAUGGUGAUCGGUAUCUUAGAAAGUGGCAGCCACGAACUGCUGGUAGGAUUAGUGAAGGACGCGCGUCUGCUGCCGCGUAUCAUCGAGGCGCACGAGAAGAACGACGAGGCUACGGCUGUUGCUAAGGGUUUUUCGCUGGGGUAUGUGGGUCAUCUUCACCGAAUCUGCAACAUGCUCAUGACUAUGCUGGAGGACGUGCGUGGCAGCACCAACGAGGAAGGCUCGUUGAACGACAUGCGGCACGCUGACACGGUGCUGGAGCUGUUCGAAGAAGACGACGUGACGUGGAAGAAAUGGGAGGAGCUGUCCAGUAAGGUUCUCGCUCCUAUUUACGAGCGCGAGCGUCUUCCCCUUGGCGGUGUGACGAUCUCUCAGGGAGGAGAAGACCCGUACUCGGUUAUGGGAUUCAACCAGAACGACGAGCUGUUGAACGCUCAGUUUGCUGAGAUGUUGGGGGCUUCAGGCUUUGGCUCCGACCCGAACGGCUUUGAUACGGACUUUGAUGUGAAGGACACGGACACACCCAUGCUACCGGAGAUCAUGAACGACAGCAGCAGUAGCGAGGAGGAAGACGAGGAGGAGCUGGCACGGCAGGAGAGUGCGGCCAAGGAUAACGAGGGCGAAGCGGGCGCCGAUCGGUGGGCAAACUUUGAGUCUGGCGGCAGCUGGGCUAAGUUUGAGAACACGUUCGAGGACAUUCCGUUCGAGCCGAUCCCCGGUAUGGAGAACGACGAUUUUGACGACGAUGAGCCGGUGCCAGAUAUUGUAACCACGGCCGACUUGGCUGUGAACCGCGCGGCUCCCCCCGCUCCUGUUGAAGUGACAAAGACGGAGGAAUCCACUGCAACGGAGGCGGAGACGAAGGAGGAUAGCGAGGGAGCACCUAGUGGAGAGGCAGCGGCGGUAGAAGAAACUUCAAAGGAUGCUGCGUCGGAGGCACAGGCGUGAAUUGACAGACAAUAGAUUCGCUCUUUGAUGGGGAUGAUCGCCGGAAGGGCAAAGACAAAUAAGCCGCCGCCCCAGUAUCAUGUAGUUUCCUAUAGUUUUUGUUAAGCCUUCCUACUCUCA